AUGGCUUCCGUGCUAAGUGAUCUAUCCAGGUAUCUCGUCGUGAAUGGCGCCAAGUACAUGAUCAAGAGGGCCAUUGCCCCUGAAGACGAAGAUAUACCCGAUGUCACCACUCCUGAGGAGGAGCAGCCCGAUCCGGUCACCGAAGAGGUAUUCUCUUCGUGGGCGUUGUUCAUUCUUUUGUCUCUCCUAUGUGCCGCGUUGUGGUCGUCUUACUACCUCCAGCAGCGAAGGAUCAAAGCCAUCCACGAGACGGUGCUUUCCAUCUUUUACGGUAUGGUUGUGGGUCUUAUCAUCCGUGUUGCUCCGGGUCAUUACAUCCAAGAUGCCGUCAAAUUUAAGUCUGGCUACUUCUUCAAUAUUUUGUUACCACCUAUUAUUCUCAAUUCGGGAUAUGAGCUACAUCAGGCGAAUUUUUUCAGCAAUAUCGGCUCCAUUCUCACUUUUGCCAUUCCAGGAACUUUCAUUUCCGCCAUUGUGCUAGGUAUGAUCCUUUAUAUUUGGACAGCUUUAGGUGUUGAUGGUGUUCAUUUGGAAUUCGUGGAUGCGUUGGCUGUUGGAGCUACUCUCUCAGCCACUGAUCCUGUCACCAUUUUGUCCAUCUUUAACGCCUACAAGGUGGACCCAAAGUUGUACACCAUUAUCUUCGGAGAAUCCCUUUUGAACGAUGCGAUCUCCAUCGUUAUGUUUGAAACGUGUCAACAGUUCCAUGGUAAGAAUGUGACUUUCUCAUCGCUCUUUGAAGGUGUGGGUUUGUUCUUGAUGACAUUCACCAUCUCCACUAUUAUUGGUAUCUCUGUAGGUAUCAUAAUUGCCUUAAUCUUGAAGCACUCUCACAUUCGCAGAUAUCCCCAAAUCGAAACUUGUUUGGUUUUGCUUUUCGCGUACCAAUCUUAUUUCUUCUCCAAUGGUGCUCAUAUGUCUGGUAUCGUCUCUUUGCUUUUUACGGGAAUCACUUUGAAACAUUAUGCAUACUUCAAUAUGUCCAGAAGAACCCAGAUUGCAACGAAGUACAUUUUCCAGUUUUUGGCUCAGUUGUCCGAGAAUUUCAUCUUUAUUUACUUGGGUUUAACUUUGUUUACUGAGGUGGAAUUGGUGUUCAAGCCAUUGUUGAUCAUCGUUACUUUUAUUCUGAUCUGUGUUGCUAGAUGGUGUGCUGUGUUCCCCUUAUCUAGACUCUUGAACUUUUUGUACAGAGCUCGUUUCGAGAAGUUCAACCGUACAAACUACAUGAAUGGAGGAAUCUCUUCACAGUCCAUUCCAGAGGAAAUCAGUCAUUCUUACCAGAUGAUGAUUUUCUGGGCUGGAUUGAGAGGUGCGGUCGGUGUAGCCUUGGCUCUUGGAAUUGUGGGGGAAGCGAAAUCAGCCCUCUUGGCUACUGUCUUGGUCGUCGUGGUGCUCACUGUUAUAUUCUUUGGUGGUACCACGGCCUCCAUGCUCGAGAUUUUGGGCAUUAAAGUUGGCUGUGUUGAUGAACACGAUAUGUCGGAUGAUGAGUUCGAUAUUGAAGCUCCAAGAUUGGCACUCACAAAUAAACCAAAUGUCAUGAGCAACAGAAGGUUUAACCCAGCUCAGCAAUUGUACCGCAAGGCCAGUGACAAUAACGUCAUCCGGAAAAGCACUUCGAAUAUCACCUCGCCUUACAUUAAGAAUUCUGGCAGUCUGCAUUCACUCAGCUCUCAACACGAGCUUAUGAAUGACGAUGAUGAAUUCAACACCAGUGAUGUGGACGACUUGUUGGCAGGAACUGUUAAUGUCAAUUCUGAUAUCCCCGCAGCAGCAGCAUCUAAUCAGCCUUCAGCUGGAGUUCUCGGUGCAUUUUUGAGUGCUGAAGAGCAUGCGAAGUGGUUCACCAAGUUCGACGAGGAAGUCUUGAAGCCUGUGCUACUUGACAUCUCACCUACUCCAGGAAGCGGUGAGGCAGGCAGUCCGACAAAUAGCGACAACUCUAGAGAGAGAAACGCUUAA